CAAACAUUAAAAGCCAUACUGGACUUCUUCCCUAAAGAGUUCACGAUUGGAGCGUUUUGAGAAUUGUACCCACGUGUUGAAAGUCUAAAGCGCUGGAAGCAGAGAAUGGCUAAGAGCAUACGAAGUAAACAUCGGCGUCAGAUGAGAAAUAUUAAACGUCAGAAGUUCGCACAAAAAGAGUUAGUGAAGCUGAAAGCAACUGUCAUGAGAGAUAUCCUCAACAAGGAUUCGGAAAAUGCCAUGGAAGAAGUAUGCACAAUGAAAUCAGCCUCAGAGAUCAAAGCUAAUGCUGAGGAAAUGAAACAGGAUGAUAUCAACAUGGAAGUAACAAGUGGUACUUCACAAACGUACAACAAAAAGACAAAGAAAGAUGAGCAUGGGCAAUAUCCAGUGUGGAUGAAUCAGAGGGCUAUACACAAACAGAGAAAGAAAAACAUAAAUGCUAAGAAAGGAGCUAAGAAAGGAAAGAAGAGUCAGAAGUGGUGAUAAAGUUGUAAAUAAUGUUCUGGUCACUGAUGUAAAUACAAAGACAUCUUGAUGUAUGUAACACAUUCAUGCAUAUGCUUAAUUUGAACAGUAAAAUAUCUUCUUUUUUUUCCA